AUGGUGAUGAAGACAGCGACAUCCUUAAUUUUGUUGCUACUUCUGUUUGCUGUCUUAGCUGUAGGUGGAAGAGCAAAGAUUUCAAGGGAAUUAACAACCAUUAAUUAUGGUGAUGGAAUCUGUCACUUAAUGGUGGAGACACAAGGCUAUACUUGUGAAGAACAUAUGGUGACAACAAAAGAUGGAUACAUCCUAAGCUUGCAGAGGAUUCCUACGGGGCGGUCGGGCGCAACGACAAAGGGGGGGCCGAAGCCCCCCGUCCUACUUCAACAUGGCCUUAUGAGUGAUGCAAUGACAUGGCUGGCUAUGUCUCCUGAUGAAUCUCUGGGAUUCAUCUUGGCAGACAAUGGCUUCGACGUAUGGUUGGGCAACGUGCGAGGCACGAACUACAGCAGUAGCCACACCUUGAUCAACUCUGUUAAUCCGCUCUACUGGGAUUGGUCGUGGGACGAGCUCGUAGCCUACGACCUCCCAGCCAUGGUCGAGUAUGUCCACGACCAAACAGGGCAGAAGCUGCACUACGUUGGCCAUUCCUUGGGAACUUUGAUGGCGUUUGGAGCAUUUUCAAAGCACGAGGUUUUGAGCAUGGUGAGAUCUGCUGCUCUGCUUAGCCCCAUAGCUUAUAUGGGGCAGAUGCCAUCUCCUCUUGCAAGAGCUGCUGCUGAUCAAUUCACUGCUGAAGCGACUCGCUGGUCGGGAAUCCAAGUAUUCGCCCCGGGAGGAGGUCCUGCUACCCAACUUGUUGCUAAUAUCUGCAGUCACAUGGAUUGUUCCAAUAUGGAAAAUGUUCUUACAGGCCCUAAUUGUUGCAUGAACAAGUCAAGAUCAAAUCUUGCCCCCCAACAACCAACCUCAACAAAGAACAUGAUCCAUCUAUCCCAGAUGAUAAGGAAAGGGUCGAUAGCAAUGUACGACUAUGGGAACGAAGGGGCCAACAUCAUGCACUAUGGACAGGCGACGCCUCCGGCUUAUAGCAUCACUAGCAUCCCCAAUCAACUCCCUCUCUUCCUCAGCUACGGCGGGGAGGAUCUUCUCUCCGAUGUUAAGGACGUGCAGACUCUCAUCGACGCUCUAUCGGAUCAUGACCAAGACAAGCUUGUGGUGCAAUAUAGAGAAGACUAUGCUCACAUGGAUUUUGUCCUUGGUGUGAAUGCUAAGGAACUUGUGUAUAGCCCUCUCAUGGCCUUCUUCAAAUUGAACUAGAAUUUGUGUUAUUAAUUUUACAUUUAAUAAACUAUGCCCCUUAUGGCUUUAUCCAAUAGUCAUACUGAUCAAAUCUUAUUUGACCCAUAAAUCAUUUUCUAUAUCAACAUCAGUCAAAUAAUUUGAUUACUUGU